AGGCGCUGUGCAGGUGCCGCCUGUAGGACCAUUCAUCCAGGCUCGCCGUUUCCACCCGGAGGGACAGUGAAGCGGAGAGCGGUGGUUGCUAGGGAAGAGCAGUGUGAAGAGUUGCUCCAGUGAUAAUAUGGCCGUACCACAGCCGUCUGCAUUAUCUGGCCUGGAUGCACAGCAGACCCUCUUGGCUACAGUCAGUGGAAAUGUACAGAAAUAUACAGUCAAGAAGAAGAAGAUCCUCAAUGCAGAAGAGCUGGAGCUGUUCGAGCUCACACAAGCAGCUGGUGUUGUUAUGGACCAGGAAGUGUUCAAGAUAAUUGUGGAUCUGUUGAAGAUGAAUGUGGCUCCAUUGGCGGUUUUCCAGAUGCUGAAAGCUAUGUGUGCAGGACACAAAAUUGCAGAGGUAUCCUCAACGGAAACACCAUUGACUACAGCACAGAGCAGCUUGGCAGACUCCAGAGAACAUUCGUUUAUCUCCGUAAAGAACAGUAAAAUCCCAGCACUCUCUUUUUCUUCUGCCCUUCGAUCUCCAAGACUAGGCACUAAGAUUGUGGUCUACAACCCUGCUGAUGCUUGCUCACCUCUCUCUCAAGGUCCCCCUGGUUCCUUCCAGUUUUCUUGCUGCCUGUUCUCGCCCUUCUCAGUGAGAAAUAAAUCUAAUACCGCUAUCAGUGGCACACAGACCCAGACAGAGCGAAGCACCGCCCGUGAAGGAUGCAGCCAGCGUAUGUCGCGGCAGCCAAGCGCCACUAGAGUCCCCAAGGGCAGCAGUACUGGGAAAGCUACUGGAAGUAGUAGCAGCGCACACACAGCAUCUACCCAGUAGACUGACUGUGUUGUUGGGGAGAGGGAAUUUAAAACAGGGGUACUGUACUUGUACUGUAUUUGUUUCUUGCACGGUCUAAUGAUACAGGCUGCCUAUUUAGAGUUUCUAAACAGCUUGUCUACAUGUCCCAUCCAGCAGAUCUUGUGCCAGAAGCAAAUUGUGAAGCAGAAACAUCAGCAAAGAGAGCCAGUUGGAGACAGAAUUUGAGAUUUAAUAUGUGAUGAAAUUUUCUGAUGUUUUGAACAAACAAAAAUAAAACCACCCUUGUUACAUAUUAACACAAUGCAAAUGCUGAAACUGAAAACCACAAUAACAAUAAAAAUUGAAAACCAAGCACAUUUAAUAAAAUUAAUGAUAAAACAGGACAAUGUCUGUAAAAGGAAAAAUUGCAAAACUGUUCCAAUUAAUGCAGCUCUGGAUUCCUGGGAGGGGAAGUUCUUAAAAUUCUGCACACUGGAGAAGGUCAUAAUAGUCAUUUCGAGGGAACCAACAAAGAAGCCCCCAAAAUCAUGCCCAAAGCCACAUGAAACCAGAAUGACAGCCUCCUGGUGAACAUGUUUCAUUAAUUUCUUAAUGUUGUUUUCACUAGAGAUUCAUUGUUGCCUCCAAAUCUAAUAGCCACAUUCCCCAAUGUGACUAUUAUACAAUAUUAUCCUUCCCAACAAUUGCAUCUGGAAUUCAUGUCUUUCCAUCAAUGCUGAUAAACCACCCAUUACAUACAGAGCUUAUCCAAGAAUUUAUCCUGCCGCCUAGAUAUGUGUCAAAAAACUAAGGGUAAUAAAAUACACCUUGAUAUUGUUAAUUUUCCAUCUAUCAAUAUCAUUGUACACAAGAGUCUUAUUCCUAGCAGUUAUAUAAGAUUUGGACUUCACACCUAUCUCUAAAUCUGCUUUGAAACAAAAUGAUUCAAUGAGCCUUGUACUCUUACUUGUACCCCGAUAUGAAUUGCUCACAUGUGACAUCGUUGGCUAAGGCGGUACAACUGUGUUUAGUUUAUUGUCACGUGUACCAAGAUACAGCGAAAAGCUUUUGUUGCGUGCUAACCAGUCCACAUAAGACAAUAUCUGAUUAUAAUCGAGCAAUCCACAGUAAACAGAUACAUUAUAAAGGGAAUAAUUAUCCAAAUAAAACCCACACCUUGCAUCACGAUCCAAUGUACGAAAUAAAACAUCCACCACUGCAUUAAAUAAAAUAGCAGCAAAUGGGCUCCCAAGCAUAGCCCCUUUUUUUUUUUAAAGAUUUGUGAUAUCUUCUUACUGUGUGUGGAUUUCUAUGUCUUGCCUUCUUUCAUUGUUAAUAUGUUCAAAUAAAGGUCCAUCACAAGACCAACUCAAUGUUUUUCAACACCCAUAUGACAUACACCCUGUGUUAGAUUGCAACCCACGGAGUCAAAAACUUUAGUUAAAUUGAUUAAAAACUACUGCCAUGUACUCCUGAUUUUUUUUGAAAUUGCUAUUUUUAAGCAACCCUUCUGAGUGCUAUGUAAAAUUAUGGCCUCAGUCCAUCUCCUUAGUUUCUAUAUAAAUAUGUUUUGUAUAAAGUGGAGCUGAUCUUAAUAGGUCUCAGUUUAUUGAUGUUCCUCAAUUUGACUGGACCAUCAGACUUUGGAAUUAAAAGCUAUCAUAUAGCUUUGGUGUUUUGGGGGAAUUCAACUACACUGUGGCUAAAAAACUGUGUUAAAAUAUCUAAUCUAAAUUUUAUCAUGUCCUUUAAUUUUAAACAAUCCCAGCUGGCAACCAUAUCCUUUUUGAAAUAAUUUAGGUACGGGUGUUGAUCACAUGCCUACUAGGUUGGAGUUUGCUGUGACUCACAAUAAUAAUCAAUGUCUUAUUUGGUGAGUGCGACCACUGCCUAUGUAUGUAUGUCUUUUUGCUGAUUACUUCCUCCGGUAGAAUUUAUUACCAAUGGCAUCUUGAGGUUACUUUUUUUUGUGGAGGUGGAAGCUUGAUGGAAAGUGUGACUUAAUUCACCGGACUCUAUGUUCCUGCCUUUAACAAAGCAUAUGUCAUCUUGUGCAGGCAUUUGCUACCAUAAAUUGUAUACUGGUUAUAAAAAUGCUAAAAUGAUUGUACAAGUGAAAUGGAUGCUGAUCAAUAUUUACAUAUAGUUGGCAUCUCUGCAAACAAACCUCACUGGAUAAGUUCCAUGAUAGAGUCAAAAAUUUGCAUUGCUUGACCUCUUGUUUUUGGAGGAAGCAGGCAAGGGAUUUUACACUUUGCCUGAAAUAUCUAAUUUGAGGAUGUAUUCUUUACUAAUUUGUAGAAAUAGAGUAAGCUGUUCUGUCAUACAUUUAUAACAUGGUAGAAUUGUAACUUAAUUACAACCUCCUCCCAUUUCAAGCACAGAAAAUUGUAGGCAGCAAAUGCGCAAUUGGGUGUUCGACAAAUGCUGAGGCACGAAAGCUGUGCCUUAAUUCACUCUACCAAAUUUUUGCAUCCAUAACAUGCAGGUUCACAUGUAGUUUUGCAGAUAGAGCAAUAGCUACUAUUUCAUUUUAUCAUUAACUGUAAGUAGAUCAGUUCUGGCACUUCUUGCCCUAUCCACAAUGGUUUUAAUUUUCACAGAAUCCUGAAAUGUGGUAAAACUGCUUAACAGUAAUCUGUUAAUGUGUGAUUCAAGUUGUGUUUUUAUGCUUUUAUGUAUUUAUUAUGUAUAUUCCAGACAGAUUACUUGUUUCAAAUGAAAGUAUCAUCAGCCAUCAAGCCAUCUGAGGUCAACAAGUACAAGCAAACAAACUGAAUGAACUCAUACCUUUUUUUUAAACUGAAGGAAAUAAAUUGCAUGUAUCAACAAACUUAACUUAA